GUCCCUGCUUCAGCUCGGACCGAACCAACAUGCGUCGUCUUCGAAUGUCACUGCUCUUGGCGCUGCUCGCGGUGGGGAACGGAGCGCCGCCGAAGGCCGUGUCCGAGUGCGGGGGCCCCGCGGGAAGCCGUGCGAGGACUUGAACAAGUGCAGCCCGCCCACGGAGCGGCUGUCCGUCCCCGACGAGGUGGUGCUGGUCAUGGGCAACACGGGCUGCGGCAAGUCCACGCUCACCAAGCACCUGUCGCGCCACGACGAGGACAUGAAGGCCGUCCUGGACGGCGCCGACUUCCUCAUCAACGGCAGCCGCAUCGGCAGCUCCAUCGCCUCCGUCACUCAGGUCCCGGACUUGAUGACCAACAAGAAGGACGGCAUCCACUACUUCGACUGCCCCGGCUUCGAGGACACCCGCGGCUCUUGCGUCGAGGUGUCCACCACGUACUACAUGAAGGACAUCGUCCGCCACGCGCGCCGAGUCAAGGUGCUGCUGCUGACGCCGCACUUCGCCGUGCAGCGCGGCCAGGACCGCUCCGACCUGCUCAUGAUGCUGAAGAACGCGGCGCAGAUCUUCCGGAACGUCGCUGCCGUCAAGGACUCGCUGGCGCUGGUGGUGACCAAGGUCAGCGGCUACGUCCAGGUCGGCGACGAGUGGGAGCCCACGCCCGAGGACGACGUCAAGGCCGCGACGGCUGACUUCCUCCGCGAGGACGUGCUCCCCUUCUUAAAGAACAUUGCCCGGAGCGGCGAGGACAGGGACCUGUACUCGCGCGCUGCCGAGAUCAUCAACGUGCUUAUCACCAAAGAGAACGGAGCCUACACUCGCCUCGGCGUAUUCCGGAGCCCCGACGAGGAGGGCUCCUUGCGCGAGCUGGACCUGAUGGAGCGGGGACGGGACUCGCUGCUGGAGCUCGUCAAGCACAACAUCAAGUACUCGCGCGUGCAGCCGGCGGACUUCGGCUUCGCCGUCUCGGACCGCACCAAGGUGUUCGCCUACAAGCGCGCGCGCGAGCUGUCCUCCGAGAUCGUGUCCAAGUUGUCGGCGCUGGGCGCCGCCAUCCAGGCGGGCCGCACCAGGGAGGCACGCGUCGCCGCCGACGUCCCCGCCAGGGAGGCCCGCUUCACGGAGGCCGCCCAGCGCGUGCGCGGCGUGGCCGCCCACCUCAAGCAGAGCGCCGGCGUGCAGGAGUUCUGCGGCCGCGUCGUGGACCAGAUGGUCCAGCCGGAGGAGCGGUCACGCGCGGUGGAAGUGGCGGCCACCUGCCAGCAGCUCGACGUGCUGCAGGUGGUGGGCGACAAGCCCCUCGUGGACGCGGCCACGCUCGGCGUGCAGUGGGUGCAGCCCGUCCAGGACGCCGCCGCCGUCCUCGAGGCGCACCGGGACUGGCAGCGCUUCCUCGUCGCCAUACACGACCGCCUCAACAAGUACGACGCGCUGCAGCCGAGGAAGGCAAACGUGAGGCACCCGCCAGUGGGCGCGCACAACGCGCACCACUUCGAGCUGGAGGUGGUCAAGCUGGGCGUCGCCACCGACCUCAAGUCGCCGUUCGCCAACCUGACGGAGCUGAACGCGCUGCUGGAGAUGGCCAGCCAGGGCCCCAGCUUCGAGUGCCUGCCGGGCGGCCGCGUCGUCGUGCGCGGGGAGUCCGUCCUGCUGUCCGAGGCCGCGGCCGCCGCGCGGACGACCUGCCCCGGCAGCAUGCCUCUGCGCGUGCUCGAGGUGUACGCCACCUACACCGUGUUCGUCGACGUGGACGUGACCCUCCCCGGGGUGCACCUUGUGGUGGUCGCGCCGCGCCUGGAGGCGGUCGGCCACCCCACCGUCAGCCUGGACGGCCUGCCCGAAAAUCUAGUUGCUGGACAAAGACAAAGUUUCCUGGGAGAAAAUAUUUCUGUCCACAACUCCCGCGGUUGA